AGAGACUCCUCCCUCAUUCCUCCUCUGUGUUUGCAUCAUUUCAGCUGAUUCACUGCGCAUCGAGUAACUGGGCUGGGUUUCACCAUCAAAAUGAUUCAAGAAAAAAGAAUUUUUGUCAUGGUCUUUGGGAAUGCCAUGGAUUCCCACAAGACCUUUCUGGAUCAACUAACAAUUUCAAAUCAAAUUCGUGAAGUACAAUCAGUAAAGGACAGUGAUGUCAUCAUUGCUUUUGUCUCAAUUCAAUCUCGUGCUGGAACUGACAUUUCAGCUGCAAUGGAGGGAAUUCCUGAGGGUAAACCUGUCAUUCUUGUGGCUCUCCACCACACAUUUAAUCCAGAUGAAAUUGUUCCAGACAGCAAAUACUGUGUGAACCGGACAGAUGUGUUUCCCGUAGACUGUCUCUAUCAUGAAGAUCAUAAGCUGCUGAGAUGUCUGCGCAAUGAUGAUGCAAUCAGAGCAGUGAAGAAACAGCUUGGAGAAAGCGACUCCUUUGUGAACAAAUCCUACAGAUACAAACCGACUGCUGUGGAAAUUAUUGUGAUUAUUCUGCUUAUUGUUGUGGUUAUUGUUGUGGGUAUUGCUGUGGGUUGGUCUGCAGGAAUUGGACUAGGUAUUGGAGCGUCUUUUGUUUCUGGUGUGGUUGGAAGUAUAGUUGCAGGUAUUUAUCUGUGUAGCGGUUUGCGUAAUAAGCUUGUGCCACACGUAUCUAAUACAUAAUAAUUUAAAUAUUAUUUAUUUAUCAAAAUUGUUCUCCAUCUACAUUAUCUACAAUGUAAGAUAUUGCUAUUAUGUGAUUUUGUGACAAAGUUAAAAACCUGAACAGAUUUGUUUUUUCUCAUAAAUAAAACAACUGGAUGCAGGGAGUCAGCAUGUUUGAAUGAACAUAGAUUUACGGUUGAAAAACAAAACAGAAAUGUAUCUGAAUAAAGCUGUUAGGCUGCUUUAACCAUAUACAGAUUUUUUUUUUUCAAGAUUUGUGAUUAAUGCCACUGUUCAGACUCACAGCAUCCAUUAAGUAGUUCACUGUUGGGCAUGAUGUUAUAGAUUUUCUCAAUGUAUAAAAAGAUACAAAAAUACUGAAAUACUGUGCAAUAAUAUGUGUAAAAAAUGUCUGUUGUAUGUGAAUAAAUAGAU